AUGACAUUUUUACGAGAAAUGGGAGGGGGUGUGGCAGCAGGAAAGACGAAUCGAGUGGAGCAGCGGCGCGUGGGAGUUCGAUCAUUUGUCGCCGCAGUGCUGCUGCUCGGCGCGCUGCUGUCCGUCUACAUGGCCGUUCACGCCGUGCUCACUUAUGCGCCUACUGACAUAGCAGCGCUGUUGCCAGUCGCGAACUUGUUUCAUGCGGAGGACGGAGUGGCGCGCCGUGACUCUGUAACGCGGAUGGCGCAGAAUGAGGCGGCAAAAGAGCCGGCGGACACGCGGGCAGGAGAGGAAGCAACGCGUGGGGAGGAGGAGGGGACGGAGAGGGAGUGCGGGGUGGAGGAGGAGCGGAGGGCGGGGGAAGGGUGGCACGUCACGGGGGUGGCGAGGUUUGGGCGAGUGGAGGUGGAAGGAGCGGGCGCGGAGAGGGCUCUCGCUAACCAGCGCACGUGCUUCUCCGUGACUGGUGGGCCUGGGAGACGGGGGUUGACUUUUGAGUCGACUCAAAAGUCAACCAUGUGCUUCUCCGUGACUGGUGGGCCUGGGAGACGGGGGUUGACUUUUGAGUCGACUCAAAAGUCAACCAUGUGCUUCUCUGUGACUGGUGGGACUGGGAGACGGGGGUGCUGUGUCCACCAUACCUCCCUCUCUCCCUCUCUCCAUCCCCUCUCCCCUCUCCUCUCCUUCUCCUCUCCCCUCUCCUCUCCGUCCCCUCUCCCCUCUCCUCUCCCUCCCCUCUCCCCUCUCCUCUCCUCUCCCUCCACCCGUCGCCCUCAUGCCAUCCUACCCCACUGCUACCCCACCGCCCCCGGCUAUGCAUGCACUCUCGUGCCGUGCAUGCACUCAUAUCACAUCUCCCACCGCCCGUCUCUUUGCCUGCCAUCUGACCCUCGUGCAAUCAAGCGCCCCCUCUCCACUCCAUCGCCCCUCUCCACUCUCCAUCGCCCCUCUCCACUCUCAAUCACCCCUGUCCACUCAAUCACCCCUGUCCACUCAAUUACCCCUCUCCACUCUCCAUCGCCCCUCUCCACUCUCCAUCGCCCCUCUGCUUUCUGCUGCAGGCAGCGGGCGUUCUUCGUGGCACUCCUCGCAUUUGACACCCUCGCCAACCGCUCCUCCUCUCAACCUCUCGGUGCCGCCUCCUCCCUUUUCACCGACUCACCCUCUUCCUCCACCACCAUCACCGCCAUCACCAAUAGCAACAACAUCAGCGGCAGCAGCAGUGGUGGCAGCAGCAGCAGUGGCAGCAGCAGCGACAGUGGAGUGGGUGCGGAGGACCCAGAAAGUAGGUGGCGACGUUUCGGGAGAACGGCGAGAGUGACAGAGGCGCCGGCAUGGGACGAUGCUGCUAACGGGUGGACUGACCUGCGACUGGCAGCUCGAGUCACGUACCGCCCCGCCUCCUCCUCGCACCAGGUGCUCUCCUCCUCGCACCAGGUGCUCUCCUCCUCGCACCAGGUGCUCUCCUCCUCGCACCAGGUGCUCUCCUCCUCGCACCAGGUGCUCUCCUCCUCGCACCAGGUGCUCUCCUCCUCGCACCAGGUGCUCUCCUCCUCGCACCAGGUGCUCUCCUCCUCGCACCAGGUGCUCUCCUCCUCGCACCAGGUGCUCUCCUCCUCGCACCAGGUGCUCUCCUCCUCGCACCAGGUGCUCUCCUCCUCGCACCAGGUGCUCUCCUCCUCGCACCAGGUGCUCUCCUCCUCGCACCAGGUGCUCUCCUCCUCGCACCAGGUGCUCUCCUCCUCGCACCAGGUGCUCUCCUCCUCGCACCAGGUGCUCUCCUCCUCGCACCAGGUGCUCUCCUCUCUCUCGCGAGCAAAUGGUUCUCCUGUAAUCUCUCUUCUCUCGACUAGAUUCUCAGCUCGAGUAUUAAGGCAUGGCUCGUAG